AUGUAUAUGUGGUGCUGGAUUUUGCUCUUCUUUACUUUAAUUUUGUUAAACACGUACGCUGCGCCACCAAAGCGGGAUAUAACAGAAAAUUUGCCAAAUGCGGGAAAACAAUCACAAUGGGAACAGAAAGAGCAAAAAAUGCCAGAUCAGCAGGAGAUAAUAGAGAAAUACAAGAAGUACUUAAGAUAUUUAGAAAUUGCUUAUAAAAUUUUGGACUCAACACCUCACUGGAAAAAGGCAUUAAAAAGUAUGAUGCAAGAAGGAUCUCAGUUAUCUGAACAUUUGGGUUUUAGAAACUGGGAAAACUUAAGCAAAGAAGAACUACAUAAGCUUAUCUUCAAAAUAUUAAUUGAUAUAAGUGAAUUAGAAAAGCAACGAAAAGCAAAUUUUAAAGUUUAUGAAAUGAAGAAAAAGGCAGAAGAAGAACACUUAAUGCAGGCACAAAUGAGCCAAGUGGAGCAUGAAAAAUACAAGCAACAAAAAAAAAUGGAGCAACAACAGCAUAAUAAGCAUGAAAAAUUAAAGCAUCCAGGAAGUCGUGAUCAAUUUGAAGAAGCAUGGGAAGAUAUUGAUAAGUUAGAAAAGAGCUUUUACGAUCCAAAGACAUUUUUCACCUUACAUGAUUUGGAUAACGAUGGAUACUGGAAUUAUAUGGAGUUGAAUACUGUACUUGUUUCAGAAAUCGAAAAACUUUAUAAUUCUUCUAAUCCUGACAAUGACCUUAAUGAGAGGCUUGUUUUACUUGAAGAUUUGUAUCGAAUGCGAGAGCACGUAAUGAAACAAAUGGAUAAAGAUGGUGAUUAUCGCAUUUCACUGUUUGAAUUUCUAGCUGAUGCAGAAGCUCAAGAAGAAAGGCCAAACGAGGGAUGGGAAGAUAUUGGUGAUAAUGAACAGUUUACGGAAGAGGAAUUCGAAAUUUUUAAGAAAGAAUAUGCAAAACAACAAGGAUGGGGUGAAGACGCAUAUUCUGCAUCAACAUCGACGCCUCAAUACUUGUACAGUGGGCAUCAAAAACAAGUAAAUAAAGUGGAUAAUUUGAGUCAUGCUUCUGUCUAUCACUCCAACGACCUACCUUUACAUGCUUCCGACAAGGAUUCUACGCAUGUUACGAUGCAUCAGUCUUUACAACAGCAGCAUCCAAUGCAACAAAUUGAGAAAACAUAUGGUGUGUGA